GUUUCCGGGCAGAAUCUCCACAGAAGGUCGGUGGCCGCCGUGAGGGAAGGAGGUGCCGCUUUCUCCGCCUCUGACUGGAAAGGCCUCGCCGAGCAGGCCAUGGCGCGGAACUCGCUCUCCUCACGGUUCCGCCGCCUCGACAUCGACCAGUUCGACGAGAACCGCUUCGUGGAGGAGGUGGACGGCGCCGAAGCCGGGAGCGGGGCCUUGGGGGCGGCGGAGGACGAAGGCGGAGGAGGGCUGCGCGCCGAGGUGGAGGCCGCCCUCAGGCAAGGCGACAUGCUCCGAGCAUUCCACGCCGCUUUGCAGAAUUCGCCUGUCAAUACGAAGAACCAAGCAGCAAAGGAGCGAGCGCAGGAAGUGGUUUUGAAGGUCCUGACCUCUUUUAAAGGCAGCGAGAUUGAGCAGGCGGUCAACUCCUUAGACAGCAAUGGUAUUGACUUGUUAAUGAAAUACAUUUAUAAAGGAUUUGAAAAACCAACGGACAAUAGCAGUGCAAUACUACUUCAGUGGCAUGAAAAGGCGUUUGCCGUAGGCGGACUAGGAUCCAUAGUCAGAGUUCUUACCGCACGAAAAACUGUUUAAAAAGCCCGCGUUCACUUGAGUCAAGAGACACCCGAGAACUCUGUUUGGAGCCGGUGGGAGGAAGCCGGCGACUCCGACACUUUUUUGUCCAUCCUUCGAGGAACCACAAUCUACUGAAAACGCUUCCAAUUCUUGGAGCAAAAAGGUCCUAUUAAACCACGAAGGUGGGAGGGGGAAGGUUUUAUGUAUUCUUGUUUUCCGACUAUCAAGAUUUCGAGAGCCGGGAGAGGGGGCUCCCUGCAACCUGUGCUGCAAAGGGAAGUGGGGCUGGUUGUGUGUGUUUGUGGGCGGCCUGGUCCCCGGGAUGGCUACUCUUUAGCCCACUGUGUGUGUGCGUGUGUUUGUGCGAGAGAGACCUUAAUUUAAAUUUAACAAAUGUCUGUGGAGCAGGGAGGGGUGGGGUAGCUGUGGCGGGCUCAGAAGCAACAGGAAGCUGGUUGGAGGGCUUGGCGGAAGGCUUUUUCUUAUGCAAGAGGGCUUUUUUGUACAUAGGUCAGGAUAGCUGGGCUCGGUGUGGAGUUGGUUUUCAUGUAAAGUGCCUGCUGCUCUAUCAAAAAUAAAGUUCUUGGAUGGUUAGAAUAAACCAGCUAUGGGUUUAAUGCCA